UCUCCCAGUUCAGUCGCAUUCAGCGCGCUAUGGCGUAUGUUAAGCGUUUCAUACACAAUGCGCAAUCACCGAGCAACAAACUGUCCGGUGCGCUGAAUGUGGAUGAGCUGAGAGAAGCGGUAAAUACUCUUGCUCGGUUAUCGCAACAGGAAUCAUUUCCGGAAUAUAAUACUUUGCGCAAUAAUAAACCAUUAGCAAAACGGAGCCAGUUAAUGAAGUUAAGCGUAUUCAUUGAUGAAAAUGAUUUAAUUAGAGUCGGCGGUCGUUUAUACAAUGCUUCCGAAUUCAAUUAUAAUAAGAAACACCCCAUUCUUUUAUCAGCAAAGCAUCCUUUCACCUAUUUGUUAUUCCGAUAUGAACAUUUACGGCAACUGCAUGCAGCUCCACAGUUGCUGCUAUUUACCAUUCGAGAGUCGUGGUGGCCUAUCGGUGGUAGGAACCUCGCAAAAAAGGUUGUGCACGAGUGUAUAAUUUGCACACGGUUAAGCGGUAAAACUCUAACGCCAAUAAUGGGCAACCUCCCAGCCGAGCGUCUAGCUCCAAGUUUUCCAUUUGCAGUUAGUGGAGUUGACUAUUUUGGGCCAGUAUUCGUACUGAAUCGCAAAGGAAGAGGCGCUAAAUUAAUAAAGGCGUACGUUAGCCUGUUCGUUUGCUUUGCAACACGAGCUAUUCAUCUCGAGUUAGUCGGAGAUUUAUCGACUGAUGCGUAUCUGCUGGCGCUAAAGCGUUUCGUCUCGCGGCGUGGCAAGCCAGCCGAGAUCUUCUCUGAUAAUGGAAGGAAUUUUACUGGUCUAAUGACAGAAUUUUCAAAAUUUUUAGCUAAUUGCGCAGAUGAGAUUAAAGAAUUCGCUAUAAACAAUAACAUUAAGUUUAAGUUUAUCCCUCCAUAUUCCCCGCAUUUUGGAGGGCUGUGGGAAGCAGGGGUAAAGUCAUGCAAGCACCAUAUUAGACGGGUUGUAGGCAAUGCAAAUUUUACAUUUGAGGAGUUUAGCACGGUGUUGGCACAGGUAGAAGCCGUCCUUAACUCCCGUCCCCUAUCUCCUAUGUCGACUGAUCCGAACGAUUUCACCCCUCUCACACCCGCACACUUCUUGGUUGGCCGUCCGCUGACGUCGCCAGCCUGUGAAGACUACGAGCAAGUACCAGCGCAUCGACUCACGCGCUAUCAGCGAGUCGAGCAAGCCCGACAGCACUUCUGGAGCCGGUGGUCCAAAGAGUAUGUCUCCGAGCUCCAAGUGAGAACCAAAUGGAACAAGGCCGGUGACAGUUUAAAAGAAGACACACUUGUGCUCAUAAAGGAGGACAACAAUCCCCGUCUGAAGUGGAGUAUGGGCCGCAUCGUCGCCAUCUUCCCCGGAAAGGACGGAGUCUCUAGGGUAGCAUCCAUACGCAUGGCUAAUGGCAACGUGGUACGGCGAGCGUUCUCGAAGAUCUGCCCCUUACCAGUGACGUGUGAUCCGAAUCCAACUGCUCCAACCAGUCCAACCGGUACCAAGUGAUUGAGAACCUUUGAAAGUGAUGCCUUUCAAGGCCGGGGGAGUGUUCGUGUGUACCAGACGUUAAAAACUUAUUGUGCUUAUGGCCUUACAAAAACUGAAAUAGUCUGUGGCGAAUGACAAAUGUCACGUCUGACGUUUGUCACUUUGAUUUUUAUAUAUUCGAAAAAGGAUUGUUAAUUUUGCAUCAAUGUAGCAAUUAUUGUUAAAAUAAACGUUAUUAUACGUAUUCGCAAAACAGUUUUACUAGUAAAGUCUACAAAC